AUGGCAGGAGGCAAGGAGGAGGUAGGUACUCUGAGCGAGAUCGUCCUUAUUGUCGGGACAGGUACGAUGACGAUCACAAACAUCGGCGGGAAGGGAGUAGACGUCAUCGCUCCAGGUCCAGGUCCAGGUCCAGGUCUCGCGAUCGCGAUCGCAAUGGGCAUCACGAGGGCACAAGUGCAGAGAGCAGGAGAAGAAAGCGGUACGAGGAAGACGCAGUUGUCGAAGAAUACAGAAGUUCUAGAAGAAGACACGAAUCUGGUAGAAGGUCUCGAUCGCCCCAACAUCAUAGACGCGAUGAUGGCUCGUACAACUCUCGCGGGUAUUCCUCUAGGGAUGAUAGAUCUCGAGAGCAUCGAAUAGACGAUCACAGGAGACGAGAGAGGAGCUCGGACUCGCACGCUUCGGAAAGGAAAAGGGAGGCAGGUGGUGGGCGAGAUGAUGCGCCCAAAUCGUCUUCUAGGCGGUGGGAUGUCGAUUCCGCAUCUCCUACUAGGAAACAUGCGUCAAUAGGUGCGAGCACCACCUCGGCAGCAGCAGCCGGAGCAAGUCUUCCUCAGCGUCCCGCUUUCCCCAGCCUUCAUCCUACAGCAGCUGCAGGAUCCCACGCUUCACCAGGGCAGAGUGGCACCGCCAGUCCUUCCGGUUCCAGCUCACCAUUCCCUGCUAGCACUGCUGCUGGAAAGGGAGCCUCUACAUCCGCGGCUGCUGCGCCGACCACGGCACUCAGCGAUGACAAGCAGAGGAAGAAGGAGCGCUUGGAAGCUUGGAGGAAAGCAAAGGAAGCCGAGAAAGCCGUCGAAGAGGCGAAAGCUAAGGCUGCUGAGGUUGCUGCUAAUUUUGCAACGAAAACGCCAAGUUAGUGGGAUCAUGUAGCUCGCUUGUGUAGAUGUGACGAGGCUGACGCAGUUCAAUGACCUGAUCCGCCGUCCGCCCAGCUACUCUGAAGCUGUCUGCUGGGGCCACUAGUAUCAACACGAGCGGACUCAAGGCCAGUGCGGCAGUCGACCUGGGUGCGGGCAAGCGCGGUGCUGCAUCUGUCAUGGACGAUAUGAGCGAGCAACCAGCCAAGCGUGAUUUAAAAAAGCUGAACUUGCCACCCAUCGACCCGUUGUUGAAGCCAGGGGCGGGCGGUAAGGUUGGCGCUGGCUCUGAUCUCGAAGAUGAGGGCGAUGAAGAAGAGGAAGAGGCAGCGGAGCAGAGUGGAGGUGCUGCUGCCAUGCAGAUCGAUUCCCGUCCACCUGCAGCAGAAGACGAAGAGGAUGACCCGCUCGAUGCAUUUAUGGCCGGCGUCAAGGACGAAGUCAAAGAGGUCGACGCGGCGGACCAAAAACGUUUGGGUAUCUCUGGUGGCAAACAGAAACGCCGAGGUCUGGCAGAGGUGGUUGGCGACGACGACGGAAUGGCGGCAGGUGUCGGCAACGAGGAUCCAAGCGCAAAUGCUCAAGCUACCGACGAGUUGGGAGAAGCGAAUGCGGAAGAAAUCAUGGCUCUUGCUGCGGCCAAGAUCAAGAAGAAGGAGAUGCCGGCGGUGGAUCACGCGAAGAUGCAGUACGAACCUUUUCGCAAAGCAUUCUAUCACCCUCCUUCUGAGAUCGAGGAGAUGACAGAGGAUGACGCGGAGAGGCUGCGGAUGGAGCUGGACGCCAUCAAAGUUCGAGGCAAGGAUUGCCCCAAGCCUUUGACCAAGUGGAGCCAUUGCGGUCUGCCUGCUAGAUGCUUGGACAUUAUCAAGAAAUUGGGCUGGAAAGGACCUACGCCUAUUCAAGCUCAGGCUAUACCCGCAAUCAUGUCUGGCAGAGACGUCAUUGGAGUUGCCAAGACUGGAUCGGGAAAGACGAUGGCGUUUUUGCUGCCCAUGUUCCGGCACAUCAAAGACCAGCGGCCCGUCGAGUCGCUCGAAGGCCCCAUCGGUCUGAUCAUGACGCCCACCAGAGAGCUAGCAGUGCAAAUCUUUCGCGAAUCCAAGCCUUUUCUCAACGCGAUCGGAUUGCGCGGCGUUUGCGUGUAUGGCGGAGCGCCCAUCUCGGAGCAGAUCGCAGAGAUGAAAAGGACUGCCCAGAUCGUCGUUGCCACCCCGGGCCGCAUGAUCGAUCUGCUCACCGCCAAUUCUGGAAGAGUGACGAACCUGCGAAGGGUGACGUAUUUGGUGUUGGACGAAGCGGACAGAAUGUUCGACAUGGGUUUCGAACCUCAGGUCAUGAAGAUUGUCAACAAUGUGCGACCCGAUAGACAAACCGUACUCUUUUCCGCCACUUUUCCCAAACAGAUGGAAAGCCUGGCGCGAAAAGUGCUCAAGAACAAACCGGUGGAAGUGACGGUGGGAGGAAGGUCCGUCGUCGCGCCAGAGAUUGAACAGAUCAUCGAGGUCAGAUCGGACGAGAGCAAGUUCAAUAGACUGCUUGAAAUCCUUGGACAAACUUACAACGUGGAUUCGGAGGCUAGGACGUUGAUCUUUGUGGAGAGGCAAGAGUCGGCAGAUGACCUGCUCAGGGACCUGAUGCGCAAGGGCUACGUCACCAUGUCUCUGCAUGGAGGCAAGGACCAAGUGGAUAGAGAUGCUACUAUUAGCGACUUUAAAGCCGGCAUUGUUCCCAUCGUCACGGCCACCUCUGUCGCAGCGCGAGGAUUGGACGUGAAGCAGUUGAAGCUCGUCAUCAACUACGAUGUGCCCAAUCAUAUGGAAGAUUACGUUCACAGAGCGGGACGAACUGGAAGAGCGGGCAACAAAGGAACCUGCGUCACCUUUAUCACUCCUCAGCAGGAUAGAUACGCCAGGGAUAUCAUCGCUGCUCUCAAAGCUAGCUCUGUAGCUGUUCCUGAAGAGCUGCAGCAGCUAGCAGAUGCAUUCAAGGACAAGGUGGCUGCGGGCAAAGCACACGCAGCAGGUUCGGGUUUCGGAGGUAAAGGUUUGGAUCGUUUGGAAAAUGAUCGAGAAAGACUACUGCAAGCUCAAAGGUCGACUUAUGGCGAGGGAGAAGCUCCGUCGAACACGAACACCGAUCAAAACGGACAAGGGACCAAUGCUGCUGCUGUGGAUGAUAUCAAGGUUCAACGCGGACCUCCCAUAUCGGAAGAGGAGCAGCGCAUCAAUGACAUGCACAUCGAAGUCAAGCGGGGCGCAGUGGACGAGUCGCUGAAAGAGAACAAGGUCAAAGCUCCUUCCAUCGACGUUGAGAAAUCCAAUGCUGCAGCAGCGGCAGCGGCAGCUACUGCAGCUGCCAAUCAACCCAAAAUCGCAGGCGCAAAUGCUACGAAAUUGGCGCAAGCACUCGCGCAGAUCAAUGCGGCUGCUGAAGCGCGCAAACAGGCAGAAGCGGAACAGAGGAAGAUGGAACGCAAACCGAAAGAUCCCGACGCUACGGAAUUCCACGCCGUCGUACCCAUCAAUGAUUUCCCGCAGAAAGCGAGGUGGAGCGUCACGGUGAGUAAGGGGAGGGGCCUUAAAGCUUUGCGCGAUUUUUGCAUUCUCAUGAGGACUGAGAGAGAGAGUGAAGAGUUGGUGUGCAGCACGAUGUUCCGAUUGUGCUGAAGCGCGCCGUUUUCGCUUGCCCCCUUUGCAUUCGUGGAUACAGAACAAGGAGACGGUCUCCAGGCUUAUCGAAGUCACCGGCGCUUCCGUCACGCUGCGAGGGCAGUACUACGAAAAGGGAGAACCGUCGGCGGGCGAACCUCCCAAAUUGCAGCUGCUCAUCGAAUCGAACGAUGAAGAUCGGGUAAGUGUCAUAGACAUUCGGCUUCAUUUCUUUAUCCCUUUUUUUAGGGGCGGCCAAAAUCUUCUAGCCUCAGCAAGGGCCAUUGCAACAAGCCUUCUCAUAGCCUCGCCCCGCCCGCUGACCCCCCUUUUGUUUCUUCUUUCUUUGUUCAUCUAUGGGCGAAUUUCCCGAAACAGGUCGAGAGAGCCGUCAGGGCUAUCAAGGAGCUGCUGCUCGAGAGCGCGCAAGCCGCUCUGGAGCACGAACAGAGGAAUCCGGCAGGUCAACAAGGUCGCUACCAAGUGCUUUGA